CACGAUUAUAGUUUCUUAAAUUAAAUACAAGUGUAGACUAGAGCCACUCUGUACAAACUUGAGGGCUUCAUCAACCCAACAUGACAUCCCAUAGAGCAAAAAAGGUCCGAAAGGAAUCCAUGGUUGAAGUCUCCCAGUCCCAGAAUAUGGAUCAUCAUCUCCCACUUAAUGAGAAUGAUUCACAAGACAUGUUCAUCUUCCAAGUCUUGGACGAAGCCAACGCUCAUCACGCCCUCCCACUCAAUAACUAUUGCCAUCAGUUUCAGUUUCAGGUAACCGCAACAAACCAAACCACGCUUGAACCAGCCAGGAACUCACCCAAGAAGCAUUACAGGGGAGUCAGGCGUCGCCCAUGGGGUAAAUACGCCGCCGAGAUCCGUGACUCCACUCGACAAGGGGCACGGAUGUGGCUAGGCACAUUCGAAACAGCUGAAGCUGCUGCUUUGGCUUAUGACAAGGCAGCUUAUAGGAUGCGUGGUUCAAAGGCUUUACUGAAUUUCCCAGCUGAAGUUUCGGUGGAACCAUCAUCGGUUCAAAGAUUACGGCCGAAUGUAAGCUCAAAAAGAUUGGAAGAAACAACCUGUGGUUCAGGUAGUAGCUCCACCGUGAUUUCAUUUGGGGCAUCCAUAUCGGAAUCAGAGAGCAAGACAACAGGGAGUCCCCUAAUAAAGGAUCAGAAUCGGAUAACUUAAACAAGACAACCAGUUCUUGAAAGUUUCCUAAGACUGGGUAUUCAUAUGUGUUACGGUUUUCAUUUACCUUUUUAGUUUUAAUUUUAAUUUCCUUUUUCUGGGUUUUACAUUUUCCCUUUUGAUUUAAUUUUUCUGUAUAGAAGAGGUCUGUCUAGUUAGAUCGUGGAUGUCCAAUGAACAUUGCAACAGAGUGCACAAAUGCGAUUUGAGGACCAUAAAAUUGGUAGAAAAUAUGGGUUCGAUUUUAUUUUAUAUUACAUUUAUUGUAUCUAAAUAAAUUCAAUAGGUGUAAAUUUCACAAUUACCUUUUUGGUUUA